AUGAAGCCAGCAAAACCCUUUUCUACUACAAUGGACGAGCAAACGUUCGUCCCGGGGACUAUGAGAGCCCUAUAUCACCGACCGGCUUCUACUGCCAUCACCGAUCAGACGGCUUUGGAUGCGCCCAGGGUGGAUUCGGGGAUGAUCUUCGACACGGACUUCCCGGUGCCAAAGCCAGCGGCAAAUCAGUACCUCAUUAAGGUUCAAACAGCGGCUUUCUCCCAUGACGGACUAAGGCUCGCUCGAACCCUCCAUCCGUCAAAAUCAAUCCCUCAGAUUCCCCUACACAACUACUGCGGCAUAGUCAUUAGUACUCCCACCAAGGACCACAAUAAACCAGAUGGCCCAAAGUUCAAGGUCGCCGACACCGUCUUUGGGCUCAUUAGCAACACCCGCGACGGCGCCGCUGCGGACUAUACACUCGCAACCGAAGAUGAGAUCGCGUUGAAGCCGAAGAAUAUCAGCGCCGCCGAGGCAUCUACCAUCCCUGGACCUGCUCUCACAGCAUGGCAGGCUUUGUUCACAUACGGGGGCCUCGACAACGGCGAUGCACAUCGUGAGCUGCGCAUUCUGGUGACCAAUGCCCGUGAGAACGAGGUCGCUGCCCAGGCGCUUCAACUGCUCCGAGCUCGAUCCCUCUUUCCACACUACCGGCCAUGGAUCUGCGCCACCUGCUCAUGCCCGGAGCACGACGGCUUCCUACGCGACCAAGUCCAGGUGGACGAGGUCAUCGACGCCGCGCUCCCCUUACCGCAAGACUUCGACCUCGCCAAGAUCUUCCGCAAGAACAAAUGGGAUCCAGUCGACAUCAUCCUCGACUGCGCCGGAGAACAGAUGUUCAAUCUCGCCCACUCAUCCGACGUCGUCAAAAACAAUGGCAUCGUCCUGACCGCCGUAGACGAUACAGCCGUUCAGCCCAAGACCGCCGAUAGAGAAGCCCAGACCCAGAAACAAGGUCUGUUCAGUCGAUUCGUCGCCUUGAACCCGGAUGGCAAAGCACUAGCCCGCAUUGCGGAACUAGUCGAAGAGGGUUCCAUCCGAGGUCGGGUUCAGAGUAUCGUAGAUCUGGCCCAUGGAGUGGAUGUCCUAGCGUCUGAGGCAGCUGGUGCUGGUGGAGGUAGGAGAGGAGGCAUGAUGGUCUUCCGGGUGAACAUUUGA